GAAAUGAAAGUGAAAACAUUUAAUCUCUUUCUUUAGAUUAAAUUAAUUUCUUAUUAUAAUUGUCAACUUUUUCCUCAAAAAUAUUUGAUUAAUUCUAAUUGUGACAAUCAGUAUGGCGAACAAUUGAUUCUGUCCUUCUAAUUGAUUAGAAAAUGUGACUUACUGAUACGUUUUGUUUUCUUUGUUCCCAAGUGAUCAAAAAUCAACAUGGUGUUGAUGGUGAACCGUAAAAGAAUUGAAAGGAUUAAUUGUUUCCUUUGAUUAUUUUUUAAUUAUUCUUUAAUUUGUUAUUUUUUCUUUGGUGCAAUAUUUACUUCAACUGUCAUGACUUACGUACAUACUUUUUUGUAAUCAAUUUGUGUUUAAAAGCUUUGAAAAAAUGAUUUUCUGUUGCUCAUCUUUUGCUUUAUUUUUUUGAUUUUCUCUCGAUUUUUUUUGUUACUUCUGGGCCUUCAUUUUAUUAUUUUCACACCUUUUUGGGUCCAAAUUAUUAUCACAUAAUGACGAGAAAUCGUAAUAUGGUAUUACUUUGUACCAUUUUGAUCGUUCUGCUGAUCAAUUGCUCGGUUGGAAAUUCGCAAGAUGCAUCUUCCAUCAGCGUUCUUGAGUCAACUCUACUUGUAUCCACACUCGAUGGAUAUUUAUAUGCCAUCGGUCAAAGAUCUGGUUUAAUUAAAUGGUCGCUGAGGGAGGAACCAGCAGUUCGUUUACCACCUCUUUCUGGUAUAGUUAAAACCAAAGAUCAGCUUCUCUUUUUACCCGAUCCAAAGGAUGGAUCAUUGUAUAAAUAUAAUUCAUUAAUUAAUCGACCACCUGAAGCUGAAAUCAAUUUAAACUUAACCGAAGAUCAAAGUGUUGACACCUUGGAGAAACUUCCGUUUACCGUUCAUGAGAUCGUUUCAGCAUCACCUUGUCGUAGUAGUGAUGGAUUAUUAUAUAUUGGUGAAAAAUCUGACUACUGGUUGGCAAUUAAUGCUCAAACUGGUGAAAAAUUGGAAACACUUAGUUCGGAAAGUCCAACUUGUCCAAAUUUAUCCAAAGAUUCCGAGAGUAAAAUGAAAGAUGAUCAAGUUAAACCGACACCAACAUCUACAUCUUCACCAUCUCCUCCUAGUAGCAGUGAGAUCCUUAUGUUGGGUAAAACAAAAUAUCAUCUAUCAAUUUUUGAUGCCGAAACCCGAUCCAAAAAGUGGAAUAUGACAGUUGUCGAUUAUUCAAGUUCAGCCUCAGGUGCUAUUCCUCAAUCGAAUUAUGAAUUUCUUCAUUUAACCUCAUCAACCACCGGUCAAAUUGCAACCAUUGACUUAUUUUCCAAUGGUGAUCCAUCAAUAAUUUGGACCCAGAAACUUGACUCUCCGGUUGUAGCAGUUUAUCAUUUCCAUUUAGACCCGAAAUUUGGUCCAAUCCGUCGUAUUCCCUUUUCAACGGUUGGCAGCUCAUUAAGAGGUUACCUAGAGGCCACUUUCAAUGACGACGGAACCAAAUCUCGUGCUAAACUUUUCCCAUCCCUGUAUAUUGGUGAAUCAGCAAGCACCCGAUCAAUUUAUGCUUUAUCUUCAUAUGUUGAUGUAUCUGAAACUAGUCUAUUCUCAAUAAGCAGUAAAAAACCACCAUUACCUUUAAUUGAAGGUCCACUUGGUGGUGAACCAAACAAAGCCAAUCAAGAUGGAGGUAAAUCGUUGCUCAAUGAUUACAUCAACAUGUUACUUUUUGGCUUCUACGAGUAUCCUGGUUACACUAAGGUUAAAUUUUCACCACAAUUUGCUUUACAACACAUAAUGGUUAGCAAUUUAAUCACCAAUUCAAAGAAUGCCAAUGAUUACACUUUGACCCGUGAACCUUUACCAGCAAUCGAAGAUGUUAAGAAGCAGAUCAAAAAAGAUUUCUCUUGCGAGUACAGUUUCUUUGAACCUUUAUUGGAAAGUUUUUUCACCUUAAUUAUAUUCGCUGCUGGUACAUCAAUAGUUUUAUACAUUUUGAUUAAAAGGAAAACUCAUUCAAUCGAUAAAACAAUCAAAUCUAUUGGAAAAAUUAGUUUUGAUCCCAAAAACAUUAUUGGCUACGGAUCAUCGGGUACAUUUGUUUACAAGGGACAUUUUGAAAAGACCCAACAAAUUGCCGUUAAACGAGUAAUCGUUGAUUAUUUCACACUUGCUGAACGGGAGAUUGAACUACUUCGUACUUUCCAUCAUCAAAAUUUAAUCCGUUAUUUUGCCACCGAAUCUGAUGAGCUUUUUAAAUAUAUCGGCAUUGAGUUGGCUCAUUUCUCCUUAGCUGAUUAUAUUGAAGAGACAAUUGAUUGUGAUGUGAUACUUGACACAAUUGAUAUUCUUUAUCAAUCAUCACUUGGACUUGAACAUCUUCAUUCACUUAACAUUGUCCAUCGAGAUAUUAAACCACAAAAUAUACUCAUUUCAAUGCCUUUACCGCCUUCCCAGUCGAGGAAAAUAAUGAUUUCUGAUUUUGGUGUUUCCAAGCAAAUUCAUCAAACAACCUCAAUGUCCGGUGAUUUCAUGGCGACCACUCGGAUCGUCCGAGGUACUGAUGGUUGGAUAGCACCUGAAGUAAUUCAAGCUAAACUUGAUAAAGAGUCAAAUGGUCAAAUUAAAUUUGCUAAACCUGUUGAUAUAUUUUCCUUUGGUUGCCUUUUCUAUUAUGUUCUUACCAAGGGUAAACAUCCGUUCGGUGAAUCAAUUGAAAGGCAAGCAAAUAUUUUGAAAGGGCGUUUUAACCUAGACUCCUUACCGGAUGAGGAAAAUUUAAUUAAAACCAAUAUAAUUGAAUCAAUGAUCACCCUUAAAGCCGGUGAACGACCUCCAAUUGCGGCUAUUCUUAAACAUCCAAUAUUUUGGAUUCCCUCGCGUCAAUUGGCCUUUUUCCAAGAUGUUUCUGAUAGAUUGGAAAAAGCAUCUCCAGAUUCGGAAGCGGUACAAUCUCUCGAGAAGGGUGGAUUCGAUGUGGUCAAGGGAGAUUGGAGAAGACACAUAACAGAAGAUCUCCAAAGUGAUCUAACCAAAUUUCGUAGCUAUCGAGGUGGUUCAGUACGAGAUUUACUUCGAGGCUUAAGAAAUAAGAAACAUCAUUACCGAGAAUUGAAUCCAUCUUUACAAAAAUCACUUGGUUCGAUUCCCGAUGAAUUUGUUGGAUAUUUUACAUCGCGAUUUCCUAGACUUUUAAUUCAUUCGUAUAUUGCAAUGCAACCCUUUCGAGAUGAACAUAUUUUCAAAGAUUAUUACACAGAUUCGAGUUGUUUCCCGCCUUUACCUCGAACUUGGAAAAGAUACUUUGAAAGUAAACCUAAAACCAGUUUUUCAGAAGAUCAAACUAUCGGUCCGAACGAUAAUAAAACCAAUGGACAGUUAAACACUUCGACCAAUGGUUUUCCAACUGAAUUGAAAAAUUUCGAUAUCAAUGACAACAACAAUCCGGAUGAUUGUGACAAUUGGCGAGCAAUUAAGUCAAAUUCAGACGCUGAUACGAGUAGUAAAUUUUUCCACGAUCCAAGAAUCACCAGAGAUAAACAACAACCAUCACAUCAACCCGAAAGAUUUAUCGAUAAAUUAAGCAUCGCAACUGUUAAUUAAUGAUAAUUAACUUUCACUUUUUUAUUACAAUUCACUGUAUCUAAAUUGUUAUCAUUUUCAUUCAAAAUUUUGCUUAAAAAAUCAAAAUGACCUUACGGAUUGAUCGUCCCUAUUUUUCAUGGACAAUUUUGUUGCUGCUCGUCCAAUGUUCACAAACAACGUUGACGUUAUUACUUAGCUUUUCUUCAGCAAAGAAAAAACAAUAAUUCUUAUAAUUUCUCUCAAGUCAUAUUGACUUUGAUUGAUAAACUAAACUUUUUUUUUUGCUUCUUCUUAUUUUGUCAAACAAAUUUUGGGAUAACCAGCAGAUCACACGUGAAGAAAACACCUCUGGGCUUAAAAAAACACAUACAAUUGACUUUGCACUUUUUACACCGAUUAAUGUAAAGAAUCAUAAAAUUGAAAUAAAAAUCUAAUUUAAUUCAAGCCUGGAA